UAUAAAACAUUAACAAUAAAUAAUUCCCUCCUUCCUCCUUCAGUAGUCUGGUCUUUCUUCCAACUCUCCCUUUCCUCUCUGGAGUAACAUCCAUUAGAGCUUCGAUUGAUUCUCCGGAAAAAGCUAAUGACGACGACGAACACCGAGAGGCAGAGAGCUCUUCUUCUCCGCGAUCCUCUGUUGCGCAGGGACAUGGACGCCAGGCUCAGCUUUCUGGAUUCGAGCAUGAGCUCGCUCUUGCUCCAAAUCGGCGAGAAGCUGUGUGCGUUGUGCAUACCAGUGGUUGGUCUGAUCGAGGCUUUCAUCUUCAGCUUAGCCGGCUGCUUCGAACAACACCGUCCACGUCGUCACCACCGAGCCGCUUUCACCCACGACGACGUCGUUCGCCUCGCUGCCACCUCCCCAUUUAGUGUAAAUGAGGUGGAAGCAUUGCGUGAAUUGUUCAACAAGUUGAGUAGUUCGAUUCUAGAUGAUGGCUUAAUUCACAAGGAGGAGCUGCAGUUGCCUCUGUUCAAAACUCAUGCGGGCGAAAAUCUUUUUCUUGAUAGGGUAUUUGAUGUUUUUGACGAAAAGAAAAAUGGAGUCAUUGAAUUUGAUGAGUUUAUCCAUGCAUUAAGUGUAUUUCAUCCCUGCACUCCUCUUGAACAGAAGAUUGACUUUGCAUUCAGGUUGUAUGAUUUGAGACAGACUGGAUAUAUUGAGCGGGAAGAAGUUAGGCAAAUGGUAGUCGCCACCUUGUUGGAAUCUGGCAUACAGGUGCCGGAUGAAACUCUAGAAACAAUUGUGGAUAAGGCAAGACUCAUGAACAAUCUUUUUUAUUUUUUCUGUUUUUCUUUCUGUGUGCUUGCCAAACUUCCCCUGAAAUUUUAUACUCUGAAAGGCAUCUUUCUUUUCUUCAGACAUUUGAAGAUGCUGAUGCUGAUAAGGAUGGCAAAAUUAGCAACGAUGAAUGGAAGGCUUUUGUAUUUCAGCGGCCUACACUCGUAAAGAACAUGACACUUCCAUAUUUAAAGGACAUCACCACAGUCUUCCCAAGUUUUAUUUUCAACACUGAAGUCGAGGACUGAAAUGCUGGCAAGUUAAGCCAUGCCUAUGAUUACAUCCUGGAUGCUGAAAUCAGAUGCUGUGUUGCAGUGUAGGAUUCUUCAUGAGACUGAGCUACCAAGAGAGCUGUGUUGUUCUGAUUUGUACAGCAUUGAAGGUUCCCCAGUACAACUGGCACAGGCAAUUUUGAGGGGUUAGGGAGAUUCGAACCCAGACUACUAUGCAUGCAAAGCAAAGCCCCAACCACCAUGCCACUUACACGACAUUAAUAUAUGUCGAACAAUAUAAUAUAUAUAUCUGUAUAUGUCA